UUCUAUACCUUAUCUUAUUGUCCCUUGCAAUUUUAUUUUAAUUUUAGUUUUGUUGGUUAGUGAAAGUAAAAAAAUGAUUUCUCGUCGUGGCCUUGCUUCUGUAGCUGCAGCUUAUGCAAAGCCAAAUCCUCUUGUUGAGCCAAUUCAACAGAAAACUUCACGUCUCCCUAAUGGCAUGACAAUAUCAUCUGUCGAUCUUCAGGGUGCGGUAUCUCAACUUGUUUUCGCUUUUCGUUCUGGUUCACGCUAUCAACAGCCAGAUGAGGGAGGCGUUGCCCAUAUGUUACGUAAUUGUAUUGGAAGUGAUUCUGAUAAUUAUUUGGGUCUUCGACUUCUUUGGCAAACUGCACAGACUGGAGCCAAUUUAUUUUCUAAAUUGUCCAAAGAUUUGCUUUGUAAUCGUACACAAGCACCAAUUGCUCUUUCUGUUCUUGGGGAAAUUGUGCAGCCAGCAAUUAAGCCUUGGGAUAUUUUUGAGGUUCAUAAAGGAUUAGAAAUUGAUUUGGAACAUCAAACGGCCGAGGAUAUUACUUUCGAGAAUUUACAUAGAGCUGCUUUCAGGAAUGGCUCUCUUGCAAAUCAACUUCUCUGUAAAUCCUACGAAAUUGGUUCGGACACAAAUGUUGGACAUAAAAGAUUGCAAUCUUAUGUUCUUUCUCGUUGGAAGAGUGCUGAAACAGCUUUGAUUGGCGUUAAUAUUGACCAUUCUCUUUUAUUGGAAUAUGCGGCAGAUCAUCGUGUAGUCCCGGACGGGGCUGGCCAUCCAGCCAAUCCAAGUCCUUUCUUAGGUGGCGAAGUUCGUCAAUUCGGACCUGGAAAGUUAGCACAUAUUGCAAUAGUGGGUGAGGGAGCCGCCUUUAAAGAUGAAAAAGCUGUUGCAAUUCAAUCUGUUCUUGCUCAGUUGAUUGGCAAAACAGGUCAAUAUACAAACUAUCAAAAUAUUGCACAGCCAUCAAUUGUUCAUCGAACUCUUUUCAAAGCAGCGAAUCACAAUCCUUUCCAUUUAUCUCAAGUGAAUAUUUCUCAUUCAGAUAUUGGACUUGUUGGUUUUUAUCUCGUUGCGGAAGGCGAAAAGAUUUUCCCGUAUGUUAAAGCAGCUGUUCAAGGGCUUCGUGAACUUGCUGAAAAAACUGUUGAUCAGGAACUUAUUCAGAUAGCCAAACAAACUUUGGCUUUGCAAACUUUAAGCAAGUUUGACUCAAGUGAAUUGUUGGCACUGGAUCAAGCUUCUCAAGUUAUGGCUAAAGGCGCAGCUCAAUCACCAGAAGAGUUUGUAAAUAUUGUGCAGAGUGUUACUGCUGAGGAUAUUAAAAAAGCGGCAACUAAACUUUGUGCAAAACUUGCUUUAUCUGCUUAUGGACAAAUUAAUCAAACUCCCUAUUUGGACGAAAUUUAA